AUGUAUAGAAGUGGGAAAUAGCCACCAAAACCAGAAUUACCUUUUUAUGCUGAUAUUACUUAUUGGAUAAGCUUUAUGUUAUCAAUCUAUUUCAAAGAUGAAAAGAUUUUGCAUGGGAUUUUUUCUUGUUUACCAUUAUUUAUGAUUGUACAUCUAACUUUGAAUAGAUUAGUAAGAGGUGAAUUAGGAUCUACAGUAAUGAUGCUCUCUUUACUUGCAGAAUCAAUAGGUAUUUAUAAUAUAAAUUAAUAGCUCAUUUGUUUCAUUAAUUUGCUCAUGAUGAAAGAUUCAUGAAUUUAUAUUUCUUUGAACAUUUAAUUUGUGGAAUGUUUUUAGCUAUGGGGAAUUUCAUUUAUGUAUUUGAAAAAAGAUAAAGGAAAGAAAUUUUUCGUAAAAAGAAAUCUUAUUUGAAAUCUAGAUUACCAAAACCUUAAUCUAUUAUAGUUUUUCCUAUAAUUGCAUCAGGAUUUUAUUUAAUGCUUUAUGAAACAAAAAAUGAUAAUACAAAUUGGAUAUUGUAUUAUAUGAAAGUGUUUUAUAGUAUACCAUUAACAAUUUAAUUAAUUUAUGCAAUUCAAAGAUAUUAAACAACAUCAAAAAAGAGUUAUUGUAAUAAUUAUCAUAUUAUUUAUAAGUUUGUGGCUUGGCUGCCUCAAUCAUAUAUGUAUUAUCUGAUUUGUCAUAUCAACAUUUUCCAUUAUUCCAUAAAUUGUUCCAUCGCUUUAGCUUGUACUUACAGACUCGAUAAAUAUUCUAUCAUAUCAAGUGGUUUUAGAAGAACAGAUACAAGUUUGAAUGA